CCGAGCGGCGGCCGGAGCAUGACCAUGACCCUGCACAGCAAAGCCCCGGGCAUGGGCCUGUUGCACCAGAUGCAAAGCGGCGGCGGCGAGCUGGAGCCGCUCAACCGCCAGCAGCUCAAGAUGCCCCUGGAGCGGCCCCUGGGCGACGUGUACGUGGACGGCAGCAAGCCCGGCGGCGUGUACGGUUACCCCGAGGGCGCCGCCUACGACUUCAACGCGCCCGCCGCGCCCGUCUACGGCCAGGCGGGCCUCACCUACGGCCCCGGGUCCGAGGCGGCCGCGGCGUAUGGCAGCGCCAACGGCCUCGGGGGCUUCCCCCAGCUCAACAGCGUGUCCCCGAACUCCGUGAUGCUGCUGCACCCGCCACCGCAGCUCUCGCCCUACCUGCACCCGCACGGCCAGCAGGUGCCCUACUACCUGGACAACGAGCCCAACACCUAUGCCCUGCGCGAGGCCGGGCCCCCGGCCUUCUACAGGCCCAAUGCAGAUAAUCGCCGCCAGGGUGGCAGAGAGCGCCUGGCCAGCACCGCCGACAAGGCCAACCUGAUGGUGGAGUCAGCCAAGGAGACCCGCUAUUGUGCCGUCUGCAACGACUAUGCUUCUGGCUACCACUAUGGAGUCUGGUCCUGUGAGGGCUGCAAGGCCUUUUUCAAGAGAAGCAUUCAAGGACAUAAUGAUUACAUGUGUCCGGCCACCAACCAGUGCACGAUUGAUAAAAACCGCAGGAAGAGCUGUCAGGCCUGCCGGCUUCGGAAGUGCUACGAAGUCGGGAUGAUGAAAGGAGGGAUACGAAAGGAUCGACGAGGGGGGAGGAUGCUGAAGAAUAAGCGCCAGAGAGAUGAUGCGGAUGAAACGAAGGAAGGGCCUUCUGGGGAAAUGAGAGCUGCCAACUACUGGCCGAGUCCUCUCUUGAUCAAGCACACCAAGAAGAACAGCCCGGCCUUGUCCCUGACAGCUGAUCAGAUGGUCAGCGCCCUGUUAGAGGCUGAGCCGCCUAUAAUCUAUUCUGAGUAUGAUCCAACCAGACCAUUCAGCGAAGCGUCCAUGAUGGGUCUGCUGACCAACCUGGCAGACAGGGAGCUGGUUCACAUGAUCAACUGGGCAAAGAGAGUGCCAGGCUUCGUGGAUUUGAGCCUCCAUGACCAAGUCCACCUCCUGGAAUGUGCCUGGCUGGAGAUCCUGAUGAUUGGCCUGAUCUGGCGCUCCAUGGAGCACCCAGGGAAGCUUCUGUUUGCUCCUAACUUGCUUCUGGACAGGAACCAAGGAAAAUGUGUGGAGGGCAUGGUGGAGAUCUUUGACAUGUUGCUGGCUACAUCAUCUCGUUUCCGUAUGAUGAAUCUACAGGGAGAGGAGUUCGUGUGCCUCAAAUCCAUCAUCUUGCUCAAUUCUGGGGUGUACACCUUCCUGUCCAGCACCCUGAAGUCUCUGGAAGAGAAGGACCAUAUCCACCGCGUCCUGGACAAGAUCACAGACACUUUGAUCCACCUGAUGGCCAAAGCCGGCCUGAACCUGCAGCAGCAGCACCGCCGUCUGGCCCAGCUCCUCCUCCUCCUGAGUCACAUCAGGCACAUGAGCAACAAAGGCAUGGAGCAUCUGUACAACAUGAAGUGCAAGAACGUGGUCCCCCUGUAUGACCUGCUGCUGGAGAUGCUGGAUGCCCACCGACUGCAUGCCCCCAACCGCGAGAGUGUCCCCAUGGAAGAGACCAUCCAGAACCAGUUGGCCACCACCAGCUCUGCUCCAUCGCAUUCCUUGCCAGCCUACUACAUCCCUGGGGAGGCCGAGAAUUUCCCCAGCACCCUUUGAGAGCUGCCCAGCUCCCGCAAGAUCCUGAGCCUCCCUCCCACCUCUGAUAUCCUCCCAUGCCUAUUCUCGCAGAACUCUGUGCCCGUACACACUCCAGCAUGCUCCCGCCCAUGGCUUUCUGCUAUGAGUGGCCCUUUCAUCUGCUUGCUCGGUUCUUAGUGGUACACCUUUGGGGAGCAGUCAAAGGGAUGCUAGGGCCAGAUUCUUUGUAACAGCUCCCUUUCUCCCUGUGCUACCUUUCUAAGCAUGAGGAUUCCUAUAACUUCUCAUGAGUAGACUCAGGCUGCCAGAUGGGGUCCAGGUAACUCUGGAUGGAAGCUACGUGCAGAGUCUCA